UACUCCUUGGAAGGCCAUCAGUUUGCCGUAUUCGCUUUCCGUUUAAGCUCAGACAAACGUUAUGUUGUGUCUAUCUCAAGCCGUGUUAUCUCCUGGGACUUGUCAACGUCAGACCUGGCGAGGGAUCUAUGUCCGCAACUGGAGGGAAUCAUGCAGAAUUUAGAAAUAUCGCCGGACAAUAAAUGGGCUGCAGCAUCCACAAAUAAUUCAUUGUCCGAGCUGUACAAGACAGGAGAUGGAACAUUUUGCCCUAAGACAACUUCAGUCGAUGAAAAGGUUGUGGCUUUAUUAUCUCCACAAUUUAAACCAUUAUCUAAUUAUUUUGACUCAUCAGCACCAUAUUACACCAUAGAUAUUGUUGAAACACAACAGCAAAACGAUACGCACGAUUCAUCUCAAGAAGUAUUGGGUGCAAAAGAAGAUUCUGUGCAUCAACUUCAACAAUUAAAAGGUUCCAAAAGAAGGAUUUCGCCUCUUCUGGUAUCUGACAUCACACUGAAAAAAAAGAUUUGUUUAAAUGAAACAAAAAAAGAAAAAUAUAAAUAG